UAUAACCCCUGACAGUUGUGCAAGGAUACUUUACUGAGACGGAAAAUGAGUUUUAACUAACCAAAAAUCUCUCUCAUUCUUUUUUUUUAAGUGUUAUCUCUGGUGUAUAUAGUUGAGUAUAUAUCAUAUUAGCAGUAUUUCUUUUGGUUCGUAUCUAGAAUGAAGGGUGCAGUGUGUUUCGUGAUGUUGGCUACUUUGGUAGCUGUCACUUUAGCAGAUGUUUACCUCCAUAACCCAAGAGGAUCCAACAAUCGACUCAACGAACGAAGUGCUAACAGAGCAAAUGCUAACAGAGCUUUUGAUUCUCAGAACAAUAAUCGCGGUGGAUAUAAUGUUGGCGACAAGACGAAUCAGGCCUUCAGGAACGAGGACGGACAAUACAACAUGGCAUAUUUCCAGAGCAGCAGAAAAAGUUCUGGUAAGACAUACCUGACAAUGGAAUGGACCAAUCAGCAUGGUUGUGGUGGGAACGAAAAGAAUGACCCACAUAAAAUGAACUGCCAGGUUGUGCUACAGUAUAUGUGCCAGGAAGAUGUUCAAACCCGAAAACAAUCCACAAUGAGAAACGGUGCGAAUACCAAUACCCAGGCUUUUACUGCGAACAGAAAGGGAUCUGCAGAAACAAAAGCACAGUAUGAGGCACGUAGGAAUGGUAAUGUCCGAAAUGACAGGGUGUUGUUUGAAUCAUGGGAGUGGUAUGAUAAAUGCCAGCAACGAAACAGGAACAAAGGUCUUUUCACUGCUGACCAAAAACUCAAGGGUGACCAGAGCAUCUACACCCGCCAGAACCCUGCUGGCACAAGGCGUGGUUAUGAGUGUCCUGAGGAGCAUGAUUAUUAUCCAUACUGGCACCCAACAGACUGGAAAGACAUUGCUAUACUGACAACAGAUCCAUCAAGAUGUAGUUACUACAAAACACAGAGCUUUAACGUAAAACCUAAAGCUGAGUGUAUUGAAAAGUAUUCUGGAGGUGAAGCGAAGCACUGGUCCAAGUAUAACAACCAGAAGGAUUGUGUAGACAAUGGUGGAAGCUGGCUGGAAUUUGACAACUAUCUAGAGAUAGCUCCCUUCGAUGAGAAGACAUGCCAAUCAAAGGGUAAACCUUAUUUCUUUGGACGACGGCAUGGCAUGGUUAAUAAGGAGUGCUUGGUAAGAUUGCCUCAGCCUGACUGCGAGCAAGCUGGAUGGACUAGAGUUAACCACCUUGGUAAUGGUAGAGAGGGUGUUCCACUGAACUAUACCUGGACUCUUCCAAGCUUCCCAUCUGGUAAAGAUCAGAGAUGUAUUCUGAGGAUAAGGUAUAACAUCUCAACAGAUGACUAUGAUCCAUGGAAGACUGAUGCUUCUUCAAACCAGAACCUAGGGGCAAUGAAGAUCUCGCCAGUCCAACAAAAUCCAGUAGUUGAUGUUGGUGCUGGUAUGCAACCACUUCGUCUAGCCAUCAACACUGCCCAAUAUGGUCGUACUUUCCAGGAUAGGUCACAUCUGUUCAAGUUACGAAGCCGUGACGCUAACAAAGUACCUGAAGACAAAAAUAUCUAUAACUUGAAUGUGAGGGGAAAGAGAGGUAACAUUGUGCAGACAUAUCCAGCUGUCGAGUACGACUUUAUUCCAAACAGGCUCAAGAUUAAAUCAAAUGACUUGCUACAUGUGCAAUGGACAGGAUCCAAUAGUCACAAGAAUGGCAACCCUGCAGGUGAUGGACAGGCUGGAGAUGCUGGUGAAGGAACAUCUGGUACUGACCGAAACAACAUUGUUGAAACUCAAGACCCUCUAGACAACUUCCCAUUACCUUGGGAGAGAGCAACUCUGUUCAAGAAUUCUGCAGCUGUUUGGACCAGCUUCCCUUACAAGACUGCUCCUGCACCAGAGGACAUUGCCAUUAGUAUGGCAAGUAGCGGCUAUUACGCAUGCCUAAAGAAGAAAGACGGAUGUGAUAAACAAUCUACUGAUACCAAAGCAGCCAUGAACAACUUGUUGAACAACGCACCUGCUUCCUAUGCUGGCAUGAUACUGCAGGUUAACAAGGGCACCUACUAUUAUGCUUGCAGCCGAAAUAACAACUUCUCCAACAGAAGCCAGAAGGGAAGGCUGUAUGUCACUCAGUAGUUAAAGAAUACAAAAUAAUGGAAAUAUUAUAUGAAAAUAUCCAAAUAUAAUUGAAUCGUAUCAUCAUCACAUAAUUAUUGCACCUCUCAUUUUCACUCUACAUUUAUAGUAUUAUAGUUGAAUGCUAAUAGUUUACUCAUUCAUUGUAAACAGGAGAUGACACUUAAAUAAAUCAUAAAAGCAUAUUGUCACCUUUGGCUAAAGUUGUUUAGCUUCAUAGUAAUCAAAACUUUUUUGGGUAGAUAUCCGCAAACUCCAAUAAAGUGGAAACACUAA